AUGGCGACGGAUAAAAGCAAGGUUCUGGUGAUCGGAGGAACUGGUUACAUCGGAAAAUUCAUCGUCGAAGGCGGCGCGAAAUCCGGUCACCCAACAUUCGCUCUCGUCAGAGAAUCCUCUCUCUCCGAUCCUGUCAAGGGCAAACUCGUCCAGAAUUUCAAAGAUCUCGGCGUCACAAUACUCUACGUACGGCGACUCUUUUUUUUCUAUCUUAUCUAUAUGUAA